AUGUCAGAGAACUAUGUGGUAUUCAUCGAGCAGCCAAUCAAAAUAGAUCUCUUGAAGAUUGUGACAAGCAAAAUGCGUGGAAAGGGGAUUAAUGAGGGUGUAUACUGGGACCCCAAACGAAACACAGUUUUCCAUGUAAUCAAUAAACACACAGGAAAGCUGAGCCUCAUCAAAUAUUACGCAAAGCCAUUGUCAACCUUCCAUCAGAUAAACUGUUAUGAAGAAAAUGGUUUCCUGAUCAUGGACAUGUGCUGUUCUGAUGAUGGUCAAGCAAUUAACAACUACCUGAUUCAGAAUCUAAAAAAGUCUGGAAAUGCUCUAGAUGAGGUAUACAACACAAUGUGCAGAGUGUUCCCCCGCCGCUUUGUCCUGCCAUUGAACGUGGACAGUCAUACACCCUGUGGGCAAAAUCUCAACACGUGCUUGAACAGCACUGCAACAGCCAUCAAGACAGACAAGAAUAAGGUGUUUUGCACGCAUGAAGAUCUCCAUGGUGAUGAUCUCAGUGAAUAUGGAGGUCUGGAAUUCCCACACAUCAACUAUUCAAUGUGCAAUUCCCGCCCCUACCUUUACUUCUACGGAUGUGGCUUCAGACACCUGGUUGGAGACUCCCUCAUUAAAAUGGACCUUCAAGGCAAACAAAUGAAGGUGUGGAAACAUGCAGGCAUGUAUCCCUCAGAACCGAUCUUUGUCUCAUCACCUGGUGCUGUAGAAGAGGAUGAUGGAGUCAUUCUGUCCGUGGUCAUCACCCCAAAUCAGGACAAGAGCACCUUCCUUCUGGUGCUGGAUGCAAAAAGAUUUGAAGAAUUGGGCCGGGCUGAGGUACCUAUCAGCAUUCCAUAUGGAUUCCAUGGGACUUUCCAAAAUAGACACUGAGAGACUCUUUUAAAAAGCCCAAAUGUUUAGCAAGAUGAUCAAGCUGUCUGUGAAUAACCUACUUUUCCCUUUCUACUUGUGUUGUUUUCUCCCUUGAAUUAAUAACUUGUAUUAUAUAAUUUCAAUAACUUUAAAAAUAAUGUCUGCUAAAAGAAUAAGAAUUUAUUCAAAUAACAAAUGCUUGUAUAUAUAUGCAGUUGUUCACUACAGAUUGUUGC